AUGGCCUCCAUUGGCGGGAAGCCGCUGUCUUUCCUCCCAAAGGCCGACGCGGUCCUGUUGUCGUCCGAGCGCAACCCACCGCCGCCUCGUCCCGAGAUCGUUGGACCGAUCUAUGACCCGGAACAGAUCGAUGAACCGAUUGCGACUUGGUCUCAGGACUUGGAGUCAUGUUUCUACCCCCCAAAGCCGGACCCUUAUGCACCCUCCUCAGUCCCGGACAAGUCCUGCCCCUCUCCUCGGUAUUUGCGCGCUCAUCUAGCCAAGAAUGAGAGGCUCCGGUUGUCUAUGCUAUGGUACUACACCCGGGACAUUAUCAAUGAGCCUGAACUUCUCGCCGGCCUUCAAGAGAAGGCAUGCCUUGCUCAGGAAUCUACAGGUUGGGAGUACGCCGUCGUCGGCAUUCUCGAUGUCAACGUCUACAUCCGCUUAGCGACAGUUGGACUUGAGCUCGCUAUCCUGCCUCGGGGUGAAACCCUCUGCGCCCACACGGUCACACAGCCUCCUGGUAAUGUGUUCCUUCUACCAAACAUGAUGGAGGACUGGCGAUUUCAGGAAUCACCAUACGUUGAACAUGGAGGACUCACAGCCUACGCGGGUGUUCCACUCCGAAUGCAGCACGAAUCCGGCGAAUGUGUUGGACUGGGGUCUCUUUGUGUGGCAUCAGCAACCAGCCAGGAGCCUUUAUUAAAACCUCAGCAACAGACACUCGCUCGUCUAGCCGACUGGAUCGUUGCCGAUAUUGUCCUAUGCGCCAGAGCAAAGCGCCAGCGGGAGCGUCACCGGAUGGCCGAACUCAUCGCCGAGGUUGAGCGGGACGAUGACGAUACCGUGUCCGAGGAGCCAGUGCUCAGGAUCAUGAGGGCCGCCUAUCCGGAUGCGACAAUUAGCCUUCAGUCUGCCCGGGCUGGCCACAUCGAAACCGAAGGAGGACGCCCCAUCCUAUCAUCCAACCUAGAAAACGGACUGUGGGAAGACACGAACUACAUUGACGAAUUCAUCGCUGGCUCUAACCAACACGACACUCCGUCUGACAAGGUGGUGCGGUUCGUUGCCGCUCACUGUGAGAGCACGCUAGGCCCGUCCCUCCUGGUUGUUGCUACCAAGGACUUUCGACACAUAUUCGACGACGUCGACUCCUGGUUCGUUCGGACCUGCGCGGGUAUACUCUCCCAGAGGUGGCAGAAGCGCUUGCUAGCAGAAGUCAUGUCAGCGAAAGAAACGUUCCUGCGCGGCAUCUCUCACCAGCUCCGAACACCGAUUCAUGGCAUUCUUGGUGCUGCGGAGCUCCUCGCCGAGGACUUGAAGUCAUGGUCCCAGGGAAAGGACCCCAAGCCUGAUCUAGCGGAAUUAAUCAGGCCAGUCGUCGCGCUCAGCAAAUCGUUCCUCUACCUCGAGACCAUCUCGGCGGCAGGGCGAGAUUUAAUGUCGACUGUCAACAGCAUGAUUACUCUCAACAGAUGGACCGAUAUCGCGAUGACAGAUCGGCAGUAUGCGGUCCAUCACAUCGAGGACCUGGAGACGGAGCUAGCAAGGGGAGUAUCCGAUAUGAUUUCGGGCGACACACGAUACAAGCCCUCGAUAUUCUUCAACUACAAUCUGCCUACAGAUCGCGAGAGCCUUCGGGUUAACCUCAACCUCCUUCGAGACAGCCUGCUGCCACUCGUCAUCAAUGCGAUCCAGAACACGAAAACAGGUAUUGUGGCAGUAACUGCAUCGAUGGGACAGGACGGCAAGGAAUUCGUGGUUGAUGUUGAGGACACCGGUUGUGGCAUUCACCUCAAGGACCAAAAGCGCAUAUUUGAUCUUUAUGAGAAGGUCGGCGAGCACUCAACAGGUGCUGGACUGGGCCUCCCUCUCGCUGUCAAGUUUGCAACACUACUGCGUGGGUCUGUCGAGUUGGUGUCGUCAGAGGUCGGCCGUGGUUCGCAUUUCAGAGCAACCUUUGGAGAUGUCGAUUGCGUCUUUUCGCCUCUCUCGUCGAAACCACUGCGGUCGAAGCCGAAACAAAUCCCAUCCAAGUUUCACAAGAUGACAUCUGGUUCCGAAAACGGGCCUUUGUCAGCACAUUUUGAGAAAUAUCUGAUACGCCAUGGGUUUACUGCCUCGGAGACUAAAGAUGACUGUCUUCUUAUCCUUGAUCUUAUACCCGACCUAGAAGAACGCCGCACAUGCUUCUCAAAAAUCCCGCCCCACCAACCCGUCAUCUGCCUUAUCCCAGGGUCAGAAGAGAAAGAGACAUUGGAGCCAACUUCAAACAACAUCAUAUACGUUAGCGGCCCCUUCCUAACCUCAACCAUCAACCUGGCGCUUGAGGAGAUCGAUAGGAUCAUGACGGAGAUGAGCGCUUCGCGGAACAAUCUUUCUCGUCCGAAAGGGCCGUCGCCCUUGGUAACGAAUGACGAAGGCUCUGGCUCCGAUGAAGGGUACGGAUCGAUGCCUGUUUCACCACCUUCAAACACAGCCGCAGACGGAAUCGACUCCGAUUUGGGCACCAUAGCGCUAUCGAUUGACGAGACAAACGCAUCAAGUCAUAUGGAAUCCAGGCCACCUACCUCGAUCACGAAAGCCCCCGCAAGCCCUGCUAAACCCAGAGCUUUACUUGUUGACGACAACGUUGUUAAUCUUCGCAUUAUGGAAAUGUAUUGCAAGAAACGAGGAAUACCUUACUGCUCUGCAGCUGACGGCCAGCAAGCUAUUGACAUUUUCUCAAAACAACAAUCAUUAUCCUCUGCCGGCGGAGGAGAUCCAUUCCAACUCAUCCUUAUGGAUUUACAAAUGCCAGUGUGUGAUGGAAUUGAAGCUACUAGACGCAUACGACUACUAGAGAAGCAAGCGAACUGCGAAGCAAGUGUUUUAUUUAUAGUGACGGGCCAGGACAGCCUGUCGGACAGAGAGGCUGCUAGCAGUGUUGGCGCGGAUGAGUAUCUCGUCAAACCUGUCAGCAUCAAACUUUUAGACCGGGGAUUAAAACGAUAUUUCCCUACUUUUGAGGCAGAUUGA